AUGCGGAUUCUGAACGUUCAAAAUAGGACUUGGCGGAAGAAAGAUGAGAAGUCGCUCGAAUUCACAUUGUCAUUGGAGCAGUUGGACGAGUUUUUGGAGAAGUUUGAUUGUGACAAAAGUCUGCUCACGACGAUUCAUUGCGAGUGUAGACAGUUCCGUUCUCUGACUCAACACCACAACGCAAAAACGUUCGAUGAGCGUUUUCCACGUGGAGAGUGGGACAAGAAUUGA